CUUUGGCAACAGGAGGACGCGGCCGGCGGGCGGUUUCCAGCAGGUUCCUAGUACCUGCUUGCGAUCCGAGGCUCGGGCCGAACAAUGUCAGAGAUCCUGUGCCAGUGGCUCAACCAGGAGUUGAAGGUGUCCCAGACCGUGAGUCCCAAGUCCUUUGCAAAGAUAUUUUCCAGUGGCUAUCUAAUUGGAGAAGUUCUGCACAAAUUUGAACUACAGGAUGAUUUUUCAGAAUUCUCAGAAAGCAGAGUAUCAACUGCCAAACUUAAUAAUUUUUCUCGCUUGGAGCCAACACUGAACCUUCUGGGUGUGCAGUUUGAUCAGAAUGUGGCCCAUGAUAUCAUCACAGAAAAGCCUGGGGCAGCAACAAAACUUUUGUAUCAGUUAUAUACUGUUCUUCAGAAAAAGAAAAGUGGACCGACUGGAGUACAAAUGCAAACCAUGCAACCCCUGACAAAUACAAGAUUUCAAAGCAUGAAACAUGAUAUUUUUCGAGAUCAACGCCUGAGCAGAAGACGACAAAAUGAAAUAAUGGCCAAAAUUCAAGCAGCUAUCAUACAGAUUCCUAAACCUGCUUCAAAUCGUACUUUGAAAGCACUUGAGGCCCAAAAAAUGAUGAAAAAGAAAAAAGAGGCAGAGGAUGUAGCCAAUGAGAUUAAGAGGUUUGAAGCCCUAAUAAAAAAGGAUCUCCAGGCAAAAGAAAGAUCAUUCCUGUACGACACAGCUGCAAACAUUCACCCUCUUCCCUAUUACCUUUGCAAACCCAGCCUGAACUUGGGUCUAUCAGUUAACUUUAGAAACCGCCAAACAAGAGAGGCUUAUCGGGAGGAGCAGCUGAUCAACCGGCUGAUGAGGCAAUCCCAGCAGGAGCGCAGGAUUGCCGUGCAACUCAUGCAUGUUCGGCAUGAAAAGGAAGUUUUAUGGCAAAACAGAAUUUUCAGAGAAAAGCAGUAUGAGGAAAGGCGACUUAAAGACUUCCAGGAUGCUCUUGAUAGAGAAGCGGCUUUGGCAAAACAAGCCAAGAUUGAUUUUGAAGAACAAGCCCUCAGAGAAAAGGAAAUUCAUGAACAGAUUGCUGUGGAAAGAGCUCAAGCUCGUUACAAAAAGCAUUAUUCAAUAUGUGCAGAAAUUUUGGAUCAAAUACUUGAUUUAUCUACCAAAGUGUCAGACUAUCGAAUGUUGACAAAUAAUCUGAUUCCAUAUAAAUUGAUGCAUGAUUGGAAGGAACUGUUUUUUAAUGGAAAGCCCAUAUACAGCCAAGCCUCCAUUAAGCAUCUACCAGCUAAGCCCUCUGCAGAACAACUUACAGAACUGGAGAAAAGGGACUUGCUAGAUAACAAUGAUUAUCAAGAAUAUAAGAACAUGGUUGGAGAAUGGGCCUUACCAGAAGAAAUGGUUGAUAAUUUACCACCCUCCAACAAUUGCAUUUUGGGCCAUGUGCUUCACAGACUGAUUGAAAAAUCCUUUCCUCAAGUCGAAUCAACAGUGCCAGAAUUACCUUCAUUCACUAUUAAAGGAUGCUUACUGGGGAAAACAUUCAGUGGAAAAACUACUGCUCUAAAGUCUCUACAAAAAGACUUUCCUAUUCAGAUACUUUCUAUUGACACCCUUGUCCAAGAAGCUAUCCGAGCAUUUCAUGACGAUGAAAAAGUCAGCAAGGCCCAACCCAUUCAGAAAGAUGAAAAGGCUCUGCCAGAUGCGCAGGAAAACAGUGAAGGAAGCCAGGAUCUGAAAAAUGUAUUUUCAGCUGCUCCAGUUUCAGAUGGAACAUUACCAAAAACAGAAGAUGAAACUAUACUUAGUACUGAUUCUAAUAAAACGCCAAACGGUGGAGAAGGCAAAUCAAGUGGUAGUUUCUCUGAACUUACUGUGCGAGCUCAGCUUGGUGCAAAAUCAGAAAAGUUGCUGAAAAAAGGAAAGAGCGUUUCUGACAUGUUGCUAGUUAGCAUCAUGGCAAAUGCUAUUAAUCAGAUACCUGCAUAUCAAGGCUGGAUCCUUGAUGGUUUUCCAAUGACAUUAAACCAAGCAAAGCUUCUGGAAGAAGCUCUGACAGGCUGCAACAGAGACCUUAUUGAACUGGAGGGAAAGAAAACACCAAUACCCACACUGGUUGUUGAUACUACAACUUCUAAAGAAGUGCCUCUUCCCCCUUCUGCGUUUGAUUUUGUUAUGUUAUUGGAUAUUUCAGAUAAUUCCUCGCUGAAUCGCAUGAAUGACAUCAUGGCUGAAGCAUUUUCAAGUAAAACUCCUCAUGAAGAUAUCAGUCAAUGUGUCGCUGCCAAAAACCCAGAUAUGGAUGAAGACCAGAAUUUAAGAGACCAAAUACAGCAUCGAAUUAUAGGCUUCUUGGACAACUGGCCUUUAUUGGAACAAUGGUUUACAGAGCCAGAAAAUAUUUUGAUAAAAAUCAAUGCUGAAACAGAUAAAGAGUCUGUAUGCCAAAAAGUAAAAGAAAUAUUUAUGACUGAAAUAAUGAAAAAGGAGAAUAGAGCUCCUGCUCUUCCUCCCCCUCCUCCUCCUGAACCAGAAAAAGAGAAGGAAAUCCAUCCUCAGGGUGAGCGUUCAGAAACUCCCGCUGCAAAAGGAAAACCACCAUCAGAACCCCCACAUGGUAAGCAAGAAUCUCUUCAGGAAGGAAAAGGGAAGAAAGGUGAAACUUCACUCAAAAGAAAAGGUUCUCCUAAAGAAAAAUCUCCAGGAGGGAAACCACCAGCAAAGAAACCCCCUGCUGACUCUAUAGAUAUGUCAUCUGCUCCUCUAGUACCACCACAACCUAAACCUGGAUCGGAAGAAUGGGUCUACGUAGAUGAACCAAUUCCCGAGGAAAUACCUUCAUUUUUAGUACCUUACUGGGAACUGAUAGAAAAUUCCUAUGUAAAGUCUGUCAAAACAGUACUCAGGCAUCUGAGAGAGGACCAGCAUUCUGUGCUUUCUUACUUAUAUGAGAUUAGAACAAGUUUCCAGCAGUUUCUAAGGCGUCCAGAUCACAAGCAAGAUUUCGUAUCUCAAUGGCAGGCUGAUUUCAACUCUCUUCCUGAAGACCUGUGGGAUGAUGAGGAAACGAAAGCUGAACUACACCAAAGAGUGAAUGAUUUACGAGACCGCCUGUGGGACAUUUGUGAUGCCCGGAAGGAAGAGGCAGAGCAAGAGCGUCUGGAUAUCAUCAGCGAGAGCUGGUUUCAGGACUUGAUUGGGAUAACGAUGAACCAUUUCUUCUCACUGAUGCAGGCAGAACUAAACCGUUUCCAAGAUACAAAGAGACUCCUUCAAGAUUACUACGGGGGGAUGGAAUGCAAAAUCCCAACAGAUGAUGACAGUAAGAGAUUUACUCGAGUCCCAUUGGUCCAACUGAAUGGUAGAGACAUUUUGGAAAAUCAACUUAGAAUUCCUCUAGUUCCUCGAAUAUCCAUUUCUCCAGAUUCAGCUCUAUCCAAACCAAAAAUAAAUGCCACACUGAAGGGCAAAGUGGAUCACUCGCUGGAAAACGUAGAGUUAAACUUUGAGGCAGAUGAGAAGUUGGUAAUGGACACCUGGCAGCAUGCUUCUUUAGCAGUCUCCCACAUGGUGGCUGCUGAAAUUCAUCAGAGGCUCAUGGAAGAAGAAAAAUACCAGCCAGCAGACUCAAAAGAAAAAUCUCUUCAGAUGGGUGUAAAUAAAAAAGUCAAAAAGGAACUACCCAAGAAAAAUAAGGAGGAAAAGAAAGCAAAAGGUAAAUCACCACCUUUGGCAGAAGCUGCUCCUGUAAUAGUACCUGCAGAGGAGAUUGCCGAGAUGGAAAGGAAAAAUGAACUGAGGCUCAAAAUAAAAGAAGAACAUCUUGCUGCCCUGCAGUUUGAAGAGAUAUCCACACAGUUCCGACUUGAAUUGAUAAAGACAAAAGCAUUGGCUUUCCUUGAAGAUUUACUAACAAAGGCAGUUGAUGUAUAUAAACUCAUGGAAAAGUGGCUUGGUGAAAGGUAUUUGAAGGAAAUGGCCAGUGUGGAAAAAUUAACUGAAGUAGCUCGCUAUCAUAUUGAAACAUCUACAAAAAUUCAGAAUGAACUUUAUUUAGACCAAGAAGACUUCUUCAUUAAUGGUGAUAUAAAAGUCUUUCCAGAUCCUCCUCCUCCAAUACGUCCUCCACCUGUAGAAAAGGAAGAAAAUGGCACACUGACCAUCAAACAGCUGGACAAUCUUCGAAAUCAGUUCUUAGAUACAGCACCGAAAGGUAUGAUAGGAAAUAAAGCCUUUACUGACAUUCUGCUUGAUUUGGUAACCCUAGACCUUGGAACAAACAACUUUCCUAGUAGCUGGAUGCACCUCACUCAACCUGAAUUACAGGAGUUAACAUCUUUAUUAACAGUAAACUCGGAGUUUGUGGACUGGCGGAAAUUCCUGUUAGUCAUCUCUCUGCCUUGGCCUGUGCCCUCGGAGGAGGAGCUCCUGGAGACGCUGCAGAGGUUCAGGGCUGUGGAUGGGGAGCAGCUGGGCACCGUCACCUUCAAGCAGUAUAUGCAGGCUGGUUUGUGGUUUACAGGAGAUGAAGAUAUAAAGAUUCCAGAAAAUCCUAUUGAACCUCUGCCAUUCAAUAGGCAGAAGCACCUUAUAGAGUUGUUCUUUAGGCUAUUUGCUGACUAUGAGAAGGAUCCACCCCAGCUUGACUACACACAGAUGCUGCUGUAUUUUGCUUGCCAUCCAGACCCUAUGGAAGGGGUCUACAGGGCCCUUAGUGUGGCCACUGGGACUCAUGUCUUCCAACCAAUUGGAACUCCUACUCUUAUUGCAGAAAAGACUUCUUCCUUUACUAAUAUGAGUCCAAUUGAGGAAUAUCCUGAACUUCAGGAAAAUUUUAUGAGUGAGGAAAGGAAAUUAAGAGAGAAAAGGGAGGAAAAAGAAGAAAUCCCCAAAAAUGCAAACACUGAAAAGAUUUCCAUGGAAACACUAUUCAAAGUGUUCCGAGGAGGAAAAGAAGCACAGGACACCAACCGAUUUGCCAGCCACCUAAAGACACAGAACAUUUACUCAGAGAGCUUCAUAAAAGUAUUUCAGGAACUAGGUGCCAAGAAUCUGGAGCCAAUUGAACUUGCUGUUCUUUUGAAGCAUCCUUUUAUUCAAGACCUGAUUUCAAGUUAUUCAGACUACAAAAUUCCUGAUAUUAAAAUAAUUCUCCAAAGGAAUGAGCAUGUACAAGGAAGUGAUGGAGAGAGAUCUCCUUCAAGACUUACAGAGGAAAAGAAAUGAAGACAAGAAUAUGAUUUUAAUAACUUGGCAACUAAUCUUCCAAACAUAA